GUCACGUUGUUCAGCCACGUCUCUAUAGUGCCAGUCAAGUGGUGCUGGUAACUCUUACGACGACUGUACUUUUAAGCACACACUACUCCAUUCUUCGCUAUGGGAGGCUCCAGGGAUAGUAGACCUGAGGAAGAAGACCUUGCAGAGAUGAAGAGAAAUUUGGCGACAGGUAGUUUGAGCGAGAAUAAUGGAACAUCGUCUGCUAUACCACCCAUCGUGUGCUAUUGUGUCGCUUCUAUACUAAUGACCCUUGUCAAUAAGUUUGUGGUGUCUGGCAGCCAGUUCAACAUGACGUUUCUGUUGCUGUCCAUUCAGUCCAUUGUCUGCGUUACCUGCGUUGCCGCAGUGAAACGGGCAGGUAUUAUAUCGUUCCGGAACUUUGACAUUCAAGACGCCAAAGCAUGGUUUCCUAUCAGUUUUAUGUUGGUCAGUGUAAUCUACACUGGUUCUAAAAGUCUGCAAUACCUCACUAUACCAGUAUAUACAAUUUUCAAAAAUUUGACGAUCAUUCUCAUUGCCUAUGGAGAAGUCAUUUGGUUUGGUGCGCGAGUGACAGGGUUAACUAUAGUGGCCUUCAUAUUUAUGGUACUAUCAUCUAUCAUUGCCGCGUGGGCAGACAUUCACAGCACCACCAACAUUGUCGAUGCAUUACCGCCGGCGAGUGCGGGCAUGGGAAUUGGCCUCGACAUGAUAUCUGAUGUAGCCCAAAAACUCAACAUUGGAUAUUUCUGGAUGCUUGUGAAUUGUUUGACAAGCGCAGCCUAUGUCCUUACUAUGCGAAAGCGGAUAAAGAUAACAGGUUUCUCAGAUUGGGACUCCAUGUUCUACAGCAAUCUAUUGUGCAUACCCGUUCUUUCGGUAUUCUCGGUUAUCGUUGAAGAUUGGGGAACGGAGAACUUGGCUCGUAACUUCCCCGAGGAGACGCGCAACUUCCUAUUAUUCGCCAUAGCCUUUUCUGGGGCAGCGGCCGUAGGCAUCUCGUACACGACAGCGUGGUGUGUUCGAACGACGAGUAGUACGACGUACAGCAUGGUUGGGGCACUAAAUAAGUUACCUGUGGCAGCUUCUGGAAUGUUGUUUUUUGGAGACCCUGUCACGUUUGGUUCAGUAUCGGCGAUUGGGGUCGGGUUCUUUGCGGGACUCGUUUAUGCAGUAGCAAAGAACAACCAGAAGAAGGUGGAGAACCGGGCAACAACGGACGCUAUUAUACCUCUAGCAAAUCGGAAACCAUAGUUUCAAAGCAUAGAAUGACCCUGAAAUGGAGCAUGGAUUCGAACACUGACUAUAGCAAUGGACUAAGAACUGUCUGAAGGUGCUGUGAUGGAGUUAGAGCAUUGGGGGGGU